UCCUCAGCCUGGGAGUCCCCCCACAUCAGGGUCUGGGUGUGAAGUGAACACAUAGGCACACUGUACUGAGAGAGCACAUUAAUGCAGGCGGCUGCUGCUCCUCACAGCACAGCCACAAGCUCCAUAGAGUAACCAUACAUAGUAUUUCCAAUGCAUUAUUAUUACUCCAAGUACUAGCAGUCUCAUACAAAGCAACCAACGUCACCUUGCAGAUGAAUGAAUGCUGUCUAUGGCUGUCUGCUAACUUCUUGCAUUGGACUGCAAGCAUUUAAAGUGCUCCUGUCCUGUUACUCAGGUGUAUCGAUGCAUGCCUGCCUUAGGCUGGUUCCAUGCCCCUCUGGCAGUGGAGGGCACCCCCAGCGCAUGGCAUGCACCCUCCUCUAUGCAAGGCAAUGAGCAGAGCAGAGGUAGAGUCGGUGCACCGUGUGAUGAGUUGAUGAUCUGGAUGAUGGGAAGAUCACAUGGAUGUAUUGCAUUUACAAGUUCUUGUCGCUGCUGAUGGAUCUGGGUGGACUUCUGCGUCCGGUUGGGCAUCCUUAGUGGCACAGGCAGACUGCUGCCGUGAUGGGACACUGAGGGGAGUGGUGCACAGGCACUGAGCUCACUACCAAGGUGCGCUCAACUCACUGAGGUCUUGAAUGCUUUUUCUCCGCAUCGCUCCUGGACAGAAGAACACGCAUCCUGCAGCACAGCCCGCCAGGAUGGAGGGAUAGCCACGUUUCUUACAUCGCUCAGGGAGCCGGGGAGCUGACACCAACUAUGGCUUGUGACAAUACAUCUGAUUCCAGCGCUCCGGAGAGGAAGAAUCCCAGCCUGCUGGAGCUGGGGGCUCUGUGCUUGGACUCUGAAAUCAUUUUUGGAUUUACCAGUCACCUCUUGAGAAGGAGAGGCAAGAUCGCGGACAGGUUCCCCGGCAGGGAAGUGCCACCAGCCAGGAAAAGGUUGCAGUCAGCCGAUGAAGUUCUGCAAGGCAGCCGCCCUCCUCCGGAGGGAGCCGGAGCAGCCUCUGUGUCUGAGCUGGGACACAUAGAGGGUUCUGGGGCCAGGGAGUGGUGCCCCUACUGCCAAGCAAAGCUGGCUGAGCUGAAGAAGCAAGCCCUGAGACUGGCCAUCCCUGGCACCACUAUGAAUGCCCAAUUUUCAGCUUUAAUCUUCGACAAGCUUCAAGUGCCUGACUAUCUGCAGAAAAGUAGGAAUGACGGAGAAAACCGGUGUGACGUCUGUGCCACUCACCUGAACCAGCUAAAGCAAGAAGCCGUGCAGAUGAUCCAAACCAUCAAUCAAGCUGGGCGCCCCGAUAUUCUUGAUCGCCCCCAGGGUUCGGUCCCUAUGGCUACCGUCAAUCCCAGGUUCUCUCCCCAGAACCUGGUCACAGUCUCCUCGCAGAAGGAAUUGCUGAUGAUUACAGGGCAGGUGGGUAGACAGUUUGGAAAGCCGACAAAUAUUUUAUCUGGGACAGAACGAAAGAAAGGAAUUGGAUGGCCCCAGGGGCAGGGAGCCAGUGUGCAAGUGACGGUGGGUCCCAGUGGCCUUGGUGGGGCUUUGAGCUCAGUGACCAUACAGGCCCAACAAUACCUCGAGGGAAUGUGGAGCGUAUCAAGGGUGAAUAGUUUCCUUCCUCCAGCCUGCCAUCCUGACUCCACAGCCACGGAAGGGGGAAGGGAGAACCAACGCGUGGAGACCUCUUCAGGGCCAAACAACAGUGAGCAGAGUAUAGAAGGACAAUCUCAGAGACUGGUACCAUCGGCUGCAGAGCAUGCUGGGACAUCCGCUGCAGCUUCCUUCUUCAUCAGAGCGGCACAGAAGCUUAAUCUGUCCUCCAAGCGCAAGAAAUACCACCCUCCUCUUCCUCACUCCAGAGAGUAUUCCACCUACUCAACAAACUUCAGUGGUAUUCUCCAGCUAUGUCCACCCCCGGCUCCUCCAUGCCUAAUGAGAGCGGUGUCAAAAAUCAAAGACAAUCCAGGCAUGGGAAAGGUGAAGGUAAUGGUGAGGAUCUGUCCGUUGCAAGGAACUCAUGACACAUCGGAAUCAAUGUCUUUUUUAAAAGUUGACCCACGGAAAAAACAAAUCACCCUUUAUGAUCCAUCUACUUGUGGCCCCUCCAUGCCAGGCCACAGGAGAGCUGUUGUAGCUGCCCCAAAGAUGUUUGCCUUUGAUUCAGUGUUUCCGCAAGAUGCCUCGCAGGCUGAAGUUUGCUCUGGGACGGUUGCGGAAGUUAUCCAGUCUGUAGUGAACGGUGCAGAUGGGUGCAUAUUUUGCUUUGGUCAUGUCAAGCUUGGUAAGACAUACACGAUGAUUGGCAAAGAUGCCUCUACACAAAGCCUUGGCAUUAUUCCCUGUGCAAUCUCCUGGCUUUUCAAAUUAAUCAACGAGCGGAGAGAAAAGACUGGAACUCGCUUCUCAAUCCGGGUAUCUGCUGUGGAAAUUUAUGGCAAGGAUGAAAACCUUAAGGAUUUAUUAGGUGAAGUCGCCACCGGUAGCCUGCAAGAUGGUCAGUCCCCAGGAGUAUAUCUGAGAGAAGAUCCAAUCUGUGGAACUCAGCUUCAAAACCAGAGUGAGCUGAGAGCACCAACGGCAGAAAAAGCCGCUCACUUUCUCGAUGCUGCCGUUGCUGCAAGAAGCACUAGUAAAGCGGAUUGUGAUGAAGAAGACAGAAGGAAUUCACAUAUGCUUUUCACUCUUCACAUAUACCAGUAUCGGAUGGAAAAGAGCGGAAAAGGGGGAAUGUCAGGGGGACGCAGCCGCUUGCACCUUAUUGACCUUGGUAGUUGUGAGAAAGUGCUGAGCAAAAGUCGCGAUGCGGGAGGUGGUCUCUGCCUGUCUUUGAACGCUCUGGGUAACGUCAUUUUGACUCUUGUGAAUGGUGCCAAGCACAUCCCCUACAGGGACAGCAAAUUAACCAUGCUCCUGAGGGAAUCUCUGGGGAAUAUUAACUGCCGAACAACCAUGAUUGCUCACAUCUCAGAUUCUCCAUCAAAUUACCCAGAAUCCCUUGCUACGGUUCAGCUCGCUUCAAGGAUUCAUCGAAUGAGAAAGAAAAAAUCCAAGUAUGCAUCCAGCUCAUCUGGCGGAGAAAGCUCAUGUGAAGAGGGUCAUAUCCGAAGACCCCCGCACUUGCGACCAUUCCAUCCUAAGACUGUAGCACUUGACCCUGAUUAUCCUGCCUUGGGAAGGCAGAGUGAUCCAGAUUAUUCUUCCAGCAGCGAACAGUCCUGCGAUACUGUCAUCUAUGUGGGUCCCGAUGGGGCAGUUUUAUCUGACCAAGAUCUGACAGACAAUGAAGGCCCUCCAGAAUUUGUUCCUAUUAUCCCUUCCCUCCUUAAGAAAAGAAGCAGGGAUAAUUUGUCAACUCUCCGGAGUUAUGAAAAUCACUUAAAAUGCAACACAUUUGCCGAGCUGCAGGAGAGACUUGAGUGUAUUGAUGGCAGUGAGAAUCCUUCCAGGUUCAUCGUUGAAGAACAUGCCUCAGCAGCACUUUCUACAAAAGCCAUGAACAACCAGGAAAAUGUAAAUUCUAUGCCACAGCAGGACAAACUUCCACAAUCCCCCAGGAAAGGACAGAAUAGUAAUACAUCUUCUGCUUUCCCACAGAACUUUUCAGGAUGGGAAACAAACGCACCUCAUCUCACAUUUGAGUACCCACAACAUGCCAAAGCCGAAAGUACACAUUUAGACUCGUAUGGAGAUCAGCUGACAAUCACAGAAGGGCAAAAAUGUCCUGUGCCAAAUGUUGGCAAAUGUUCAGAACAACCAAACUCAUCUACUGAUCCAUCUGUAAGAGAAAAGAGCAACCUCAUUAGAAGACCUCUCCCCAGUCCUGCACCACCACCUCCUCAGAUGAACUCCCAAGUGAGCUCCGAAUCAUGUAGUGGUGUCAGAACGCCUCCUGUUGGAAUGAGCAAAUUGAGAAGCCAGGACAAGCACAAUUUACUAGGCAGCACAAUCCCGGUUAUCGGUAGCACUCUUAAACAGCCUGGUCCAGGCGAUGUACGCAGAUUUUGCUCAGCGGUUAAGGGAAAGGGAUUUGAUCGUGAUAUUGUAACAACUACAGUAACAUUGCAGAAGCCUGUUGAACUUAAUGGAGAAGAUGAACUUGUCUUCACCGUUGUAGAAGAGUUGUCCAUUGGUGGUAUUCUUGAUAAUGGUAGACCUUCCAGUGUCAUUAGCUUUAACAGUGACUGUUCUCUACAGGCCCUUGCCUCUGGCUCUAGACCAGUCAGUAUUAUAAGCAGUAUUAAUGAUGAAUUUGAUGCCUACACAUCACAAAUAAGUGCUGCCGGUGUCAAUAUUGAUAUUGUGGUUCCUUUGGCAGAGAAUCAAUGCACAAUUGGCAGCCGGCGCUCAUCCAUUAGUUCAUGGCUAAGUGAAGUGAGUAUUUGUACAAUUAAAAGUGAUGGAGCACAGACCUUAGAUACUUUAGUUCCUCUCUCAUCUAAUCAAGGUGAUGAGUUUAUAGAUUGUCUGAACUUGGAUUCGGAGAACACAAAUGUUCAUAUAGGCCAUAAUCUAAAAAAUUCCCUAAACGAUAGCGGGUUUUGCUUUUCUGAAAUGGACAAUGAAAGUUUUGGUUCCAGUCUGUUGUGUACUAGCCUUAAGACCUCUGAGCUAACCAAAGCUAUGCCAACUGCUUAUCAAGUGACUAGCAAGACUAGAGCUUGUAGCAACCGGGGUACAUUGUCAGUAGAGACGAUCCAUUCUAGUCUUCCUCGGAAAAAUAAGUCUACCUCAUGCGUCACACACACUAAUGCAUUAAAUUGCAAAGAAGGCAUGUUCGAAGACCCAUGGACAGUGCGAAUGGAUAAUUCUUUAGAAGGAAGAAAUGAAAAUCAGCCAUUUUCUGGUAAAUCUUCCUCUUUGGGUACAGACAAUCAGUUUAAACAAAAUUCAAAACUUGCACAAACCAGUAUGCCUAAGACUGUAAAAUCCCAUGCAGUGUUGGGAUGUUCACAGCGAGUGGUGGAUGGCUGUGAAGUUGAAGCUAAACCUUCCUCCAAAAAAAUUGAGCCUCUUACAAAAGUGCCACAGCUCAGGAGAGGUGCCACAACACUAGGUGUAGUAACAAAUUACAGUUCUCAAAUGGAGCAUGGGAGCAAAGGCACAACAGAUGCAGUUUUUCCUGAUGGCAGUUUAAAGUCAUCAGGGACAAAGAAGAAUGUUCCACAUAAAGGUAGUAUGUUACCAAGACCUGGUGGGUCAGGCCCUCCUGCUCCCCCUGUUCGAAAGUCCAGCCUAGACAGUAAAAAUAAUCCUCUUCAUUCAAGUAGUCUUGAUAGAUUAGAAGGUUCAGAUUUUGGAUGGUCCAAUAUGAAUUCUGAAGAAGAUUCUGAAACACAAGUCAGCAACAAAGUUACCAAAACCGACCAUUCAUUACCCAAAGCAGUAUCCAGCUUAAAGAGUAAAUCCAACAAAUCUGAGUGUGUUCAACGCUAUGGAAGUCAUAUGUCUCUGGAGAGGUGUGAUAGUCUAAUAUCAAUGGGCUCGAAAACAAAUGGGAAUCGAGAUAAUAGUGGUGUCAGUAAUAUUAACAAAGCGGGCAGAACAGUUCCUAGGCUUGGCGUCCCACCAGCAUCUAAUACAGCUACCUCACCAUCUUUCUGCCCUUCCACCAAAAGCAACCAGGCUAAAAGUUCUCUUUCUCAGAAAGCUACAACAAAUUUAAGCAAGAACCGCAACCUUUCAACUAAUGGCUCAAAAUCUCUCAGCUCUUCAGUAAAGUCUCUGAAUCAGACUAAUGGCAAAAACUCUGCCAUCCCUCCUAGUGGCAAAGCAGGUUCACGAUCAGUACAGUGUAUUAACAACAAGCCAGCCAGAGGAACGAUUAUGGGGACUAAGCAAGCAUUAAGGGCCGCCAACAACCGAGUCAAUGAGUUGGCCUCUGGUAGCUCUGGCAAAAUAGGCCACUUUCGAGGAUCAACGGACUCUGAUAGUGGAAAUGACAGCGGCAUUAACCUCAGUGAUGAGAAAUCACAAGCUCCUGUUUUACCAUCACCAUAUAGUAAGAUAACAGCUCCUAGACGGCCACAGAGAUACAGCAGUGGGCAUGGAAGUGAUAAUAGCAGUGUUCUAAGUGGAGAGCUUCCCCCAGCAAUGGGUAGGACAGCCCUCUUCUAUCAUAGUGGUGGGAGCAGUGGCUAUGAAAGCAUGCUCCGGGACAGUGAAGCCACAGGAAGUGCGUCUUCAACUCAUGACUCAAUGAGCGAAAGUGGAAUGUCGUCAUCUGGCCGUAUGAGGAGUUUAAAAUCGCCAAAGAAAAGAGGACUACAGCGGCGAAGGAUUUUACCUGCCCCACUCCCUGAAGUUUCAACAGUUGGCAGGAAAAAUAAUGUUACUGGUCAAUGGGUCGACCUCCCUCCUUUACCGGGCACUUUAAAAGAACCGUUUGAAAUCAAGGUUUAUGAGAUUGAUGAUGUAGAACGACUACAAAGACACAGACAUGAGGAGCCAGAACCUUUCCAAGAUAUGGAGAAGGGUCUCAUGUAUUUCAACACCAAAUUGAAAGUAGCAGAAAGACGUCAGCAGCGAAUUAAAGAUUUAAAAGCAAAAUAUGAGGGAUUGAAAGAGGAACUGGAGGAUACAAAGACUAGACUGAUGAUGGAUCCCAAAAAGUGGAGAGGACAAUUUGAGUUGGACCCAGAUCUCGAUGAAGAGUCUCAGGAAUACCUGGAGGCACUGGAACAGGUCACAGAAGACCUGGAGCUCUGUGUCAACGUAUGCAAAUCUCACGUCAUGAUGGUGACCUGUUUUGACAUUGGAAUGAUCUCAGAUCAGCAAGAUGGAGGCAGAGAAGUGGAAGUCUGAAGAAUCUGGACAGAGUGUCAAAUAAAAUAGUGGACAUGAGAAUGAAGAUUUGAGAAUGAACCUGUAUUGCGUGAAGGGAAAAAUAAAACGUACACCAGAAUGUGAAAAUGUAAAAUUGGAAAGAAUGUUACUGGAUUGAUACCGAUGGUGGAUUGUGAUGUCAAUCAAUAUGAUGCCUCUAGACUAGGCUUAAGCAGCCUGUGGCCCUCUCACUGUGUUGGACCUACAGGACUCGGCUAGAACAUGCUGGGGCUUGUAGUUGCAAAAGAGCUGGAGAGAAGCCCCCAGCUGUUAACUUUAUACAGUUACAACUGAGAUUGGUGCCCAGAAAAUGCAAAGCAAUGUAGAGAGAAACCUUUGGGCAUCGGGAGGAUUAGAGAAGAACGUGGUAGAAGAAAAAAGAAGUCCCAUCAUGUAUUUAAAAAUAAAAUCUAAAAAGUGCCUUGUUUUCAUAUGAAUUUUCUUAUUUUAUUUGGUGCUAGAAUUUAAAGCCAGCAAACCUAAGCAGACCAUUAAAUGUAAUAACAUUUAUACUGUACAGCACAUGUAUAGUUACUUGUCUAAAAACGUCAAAUACGAAACAGAAACAUUAUAGCAGGAGCAAUAACUAAAUUAUGUUUCCAUGCCUGAAUUUGCCUUCUGAGCUCGCAGAAAAGCUGUUCUUUUAUGCAGCAAAAUUAAAAAAAAGCCAAUUUAUCACGUAUAAAGGCUUUACCAAAUUUUUUUGACUUUCCGUUUUAUACCGUUCCUUAUUUUACCGAAAAAUGCCCUUUUUGUAUAUUUUACAAACAGGGAACAUUAAUUGUAAAUAUAUGUAUGUGCGUGAUGAUGGCUCUGACUGUACUGUCCCUGCAGUGGUUGGAAAGAGCAGUGUUUUAUUUGUUUUCUAAUGACACUCUUUAUGCAUUUUUUUAAAUUCAGUUUUUUACCAUUUUUCUAUGGAAGGCAAAAGCUCAGGAGAUACCUGUACGUGCUGCAUGUAAUGUCUGCAUUUGUCUGUUUUGUAAGCAAGGGGCUCCAGCACCGAUUGUUGUAUGAUUGCCAAACACUUUGUAAAAGGUUAAUGUGUGUAUGUAUUAUUGCAUUUCAUAUGGAGUCAUAUUUUCUGAUCAUCUUGUUUUUUAUAUGGGGUUUACAAGACCUUUGUAUAAAUGUAUAAUACAGUACUUAAACUUUUAUCUGUGAAUAAAAGAUACAUUUAUUAAUAAA